AUGAAAAUUGCUUUUCUUAUCUUGUUCGAGGUUACCGCUAAUGAUGAGGAUGUACUUUCGGGUUUUGGGGGUUUCCCACAAAAGGUUUUGUGCAAGAUGGAUCAGUAUCACAUCUUUGCACCAGCAGCCGAAACGUCCUUGGCAUAUGUCUCCCAGAAAUUAUUAGUGCACAUUCACACGCUCGACCUUCUUUCCCCCAAGAAAGAACAACUGCGAUUCGAGGCUCAUAAACCCAAGCUAGCGCCCCGUAUAUUCUACCCUUAA